UAUGAUGGUCGUCGGCCGCAAGUUAGCUUCCAGAGCUUGCAAAAACCUGGCCACCUGGUAGGUUUAAAGGGCGUACUACUAGCGUGAUCGACAGGAAUCAUAAACAUGGCUGAGGGUGGACUACUGUUUGGAUUUGAGCUCGCCGAUGUUCUUGUAGCUGCAGUGCUUAUUUCUGUCGUGGUGCUUUACUUCCAUGCUGAGGCUCUGCAGCGAAGGCGAUGCCCACCAGGGCCUUGGCCUUGGCCAGUUGUGGGAAACUUUUCAGCGUUGGGAGACCUGCCCUACAGAAACCUGCACAAACUUGCCGGCAAGUAUGGAGGUCUCAUGUAUCUCCGGUUAGGUGUGGCUCCAACGUUCCCUUCACAGUCCAACAAUUCUGUUGCUGUUGCCUUGUCAGUUGAUGUCUCCCAUUUGAUCCUCCCUAUCCUGAGCCUUGAAAUGACUUCCAGUGUCUUUGAACUUCUUGGUUCUGUAGUCAUAAGCGACUUUGUGCCCUACUUGAGCUUCAUCACUAAAUUACAAGGACAUGCAUCCAAGUUUUCCAAGAUCCGCGAUGUUUCAGACAAACUCACGGCUGAUUUUUUCGACCUCGACAGCCACAGAAACAAUUAUAAAAAAAUGAAAAACGACCCAAGCUAUGUCCCAGAUUUUGAAGAUGUACUAAUGGAGACGCCAUUCGAAAACGGCACUAAUCUCCCUGACCAGGACCUUCUAAAGCUACUACAGGAACUGUUGAAUGCUGGGACGGAGACUAGUUCGAACACUUCAGAAUGGGCUAUGGCCGAACUCAUCAGGAGGCCAGAACUGAUCGAGCGAGCACAGACUGAGAUGGAUUCAGUGAUAGGUUCCAAGCGCCUCGUGGAAGAAUCCGACAUCCAACAACUCCCUUUUCUGCAAGCCGUGAUGAAAGAGAAUUUCCGGCUGCAUCCUCCUGCUCCGCUCUUACUUCCCCAUGAAUCAAGAGAGCCUACAGAGCUUCUUGGAUACCAUUUCCCGGCAGGAACGGAGCUGCUAGUGAACGCCUUCGCAAUCCACCGAGACCCAAGUGUAUACGACAACCCUGACAGCUUUGAUCCUGAUAGAUUUCUUGCACGCCCUCACGUGGAUCACAUGAGCACAAGUGAUCCCUACGAGCUCAUGCCGUUCGGAAAAGGCCUCCGGAUGUGCCCAGGAUACAGGCUGGCGAAUACGAUGGUGGCCUUGAUGUUAGCGAAUCUCCUCUAUGUAUUCGACUGGUCUCUGCCGGAAGGUCAAACUGAGGUGGACAUGACUGAGACAAUAGGCAUCUCCGUCCGCAAGAAGCAACCGCUGUUCUUGGUUCCGAAACCCAGAUUUGAACUUUCUUUGGAGAGCGUAGCAGAAAAUUGAUUGCCUCAAUCACAUUCUGGAAAUGCAUCUAGGGAGAAAGACAAAUAUUGUGUUCGGGGGUCUUGAAUGUAAAAGUGAACUCAAUAUUCGCUUCGAGGCCCUGAUGCACGUAAGGUGUCUCAAUUUGUGAAACUUCUAAUAUACAUAAAGUUGUAAAUGCGGCGGGUGGUGGGUGGUGGGUUUAGGUUUCUCUUCUAAAACAGUACAAUUGAAAAUUAAACCUAUCGAUUUUUGUA